CGCAGUAUUUAUCUGUUUUUAUCACAUCCCUCUGAUACAGAAGUCGAACUGGAACAUCACACCCUUGGGUACUGUGCCUUCCACUUGGCGAGAUUGGCGAGGUGACUGAGCAGUCUGGCAUUUCCAAUCACAUUAUGCAAAAAUCUACAACCUGGACAAGUCACAGCUUGUUAGCCGAGCCCUGCAUUUAUUCAUCUGCAGUGGGUAAAAAAAAGUGGAGACCACACAAUGGCCACAUGGCCGUGUGUUCAGGGAAAAUGUACUUGGUUAAAUCUAAUGUAUUGAUCUGAGGUUGUAUUGAAUAUCUUUGUGAACAAACUGGUUGAAGAGAUGUGAAGACUGGGGUAGAUGUUGGUGGGCCAAGGUAAAAAAAAAAAGAGUGAUAAGACAGAGGGGCUGACUGCCAAAGAUAUUUAUAGACAGAGAAAUUGAUACUGAAUGUGCAGCAGAAGGCAGAGCGAGAGAGAGAGAGAGAGCAAAAGGAGAGUGGGAGAAGAAGAGAAAGAGAGAGAGACAGAGAGGGAGAGAGAGCGAGAGAAUGGGCAGGGCUGUGGGUAUGUGAGAACAACAGCACACCGGAUAUGUCGGGCAGAGAUGGAGAAUGAGGUGGAAAGAGGGGAGAGGAGGAGAGUGAGUGGUUAAGUGCUUGUAAGUGUGUGUAUGUGUGUGUGUGCGGUAUGUGUGUGUGUGAAAUCACAUGGAGACAGCGUCCAAGUACAAGACAGUGAGCUGGGGUGGAGAGAGAUGCUCAAGGAGGAUGAGGAGUAACAGGGCGAGGCACCAGCAGCAGAGUGUGUGAGUGUGUGAACAGAGGGAUGCAGUCAUGUCUCUGUGAGAGAGAGAGAAACCGUAACCAUGCUGAGCCCCAAGAUAAAGCAGGCACGCCGGGCACGAUCCAAGAGUAUGGUGCUUGGAGAGCUGUCUCGGGUCUCCAGGCCCUGCUCUCCUCUGGACCAGGAGAAGGCCCUGAAGGCCGGCUGGCUGAAAAGGCAGCGGAGUAUCAUGAAAAACUGGCAGCUGCGCUGGUUUGUCCUGAGGACUGAAGCUCUGUAUUUCUACAAGGACCAGGACGAAACCAAAGCACAGGGUUGUAUUCCUCUUCAAGGCAGUCAGGUCAAUGAGCUGCCUGUCAGUCAGGACGAGCCUGGUCGCUACCUUUUUGAAAUUGUUCCAGGCGGGGCUGGAGAAAAGGAUCGAACAGGUAUAAGCCAUGAAUCAUUCCAGCUGAUGGCCAACUCCCAGAGUGAUAUGGAAGACUGGGUCAGAGCCAUACGAAGAGUCAUAUGGGCUCCACUCGGAGGAGGCGUCUUUGGACAACACUUGGAAGAGACAAUGUUGUGCGAGGUCCAGUGUGGCCCAGAGCACCUUGUCCCUGUGCUGGUCGAGCAGUGUGUUAGUUUUAUACGUCAACACGGGCUUCAGGAGGAGGGUCUCUUCAGAGCCCCAGGACAAACCAAUCACGUUCGAGAACUGCAGGAUGCAUUUGACCGUGGUGAGAAGCCAGUGUUUGACAGUACCACUGACAUCCACACAGUGGCAUCCCUACUAAAACUGUACAUACGGGAGCUGCCAGAGCCUAUAAUCCCAUUCUCCAAAUAUACACAGUUUCUUUCUUGUGCUCAGAUACUCACCAAGGACAGGGAAAUGGGUAUCAUAGAGCUGGAGAAGCAAGUCAAAUCCCUCCCUCAGGUCAACUGUAACCUCCUUAAAUACAUCUGCAGGUUUCUAGACGAGGUACAGUCUCACUCGGACGAGAACAAAAUGAGUGCCCAGAAUCUAGCCACAGUUUUUGGUCCCAACAUCCUUCGGCCCAGGGUGGAGGAUCCUGUCUCAAUGAUGGAGGGCAGUUCCCACGUGCAGCACCUGAUGACCGUGCUGAUCAGUGAGCACUCUCGUCUUUAUCCGUGUGAUGAGCCAGAACCAGAGAACAAUAUCAACUCAGUACAGCGGCAAAGUCCUGUUCAAAGAUGCAAAGUGGAAUGGGUGUUACAAGACCCUGACGCCGCACUCUCAUCGGGCACUAAUGACAAAAGUCCAACAGAGAAACCACAUUCUUUAGCCCCUUCUUCAGACAGCAAGACAGUUACUGCACCAAGCCCCACUGCAACACUACAGAAGGAGGAGGAUGGUCAGUUAGAUGGGAAGGACAAAAGUAAAACAGAUGAAAAGGUAGAGGAGAAAGCAGAUAAUAAAUCUGAUGGAAAAGGUGGGAGUGAAGUCGCUGUUAGUCCCAGUAAACAGUCCAAAGCCCUGCCUUCCUGGAAGAGUUCUUUCAAGGGCAAUGCAUCAUCUGCGGGGGCCCGAGGAAAAAUAGGUGGAUCCGCUGGGGAUGUGUCAGCAACUGGUGGUAGCAACUGGCUGAUAAAUGGCCUGUCAUCCUUCCGUGCUCACAGACGCACCACCUCAUCUGGUGAAAGACUGAAAGACUCUACUCUUUCUCUAAAGGAUUCAACCAUUUCUCUCAAAGAGGCCACACUCUCACUGAAGGACUCUCCAAGAGACGGUGAUGAAGAAUCAAGAACUCCUCUUCCUCACAGAGCUCUCCAUCAGCCCCACAGACUGUCUGCCUAUGACAACGUUGCCCCCUCCAGUCUGAGCCUGCCUGCUGAUACCUCGAUCUGGACCUCCUUUGAGAUCUCACUUGCUGAACCAGAGGAGAGUGACAAGAAAGUCAAAGCUGUGCAGGGUAAAGAGAGACCCUCAGAGGUCAGAGAGAGUACAAACGCUGUCACAGCGGACCAGAGUGGAAGUGGUACUGAGGAUGAUAACAAAGAAACGAAUGAUGACCUCGCCGACCUGCUGACCCAGCUCAAACAGGAGCUGAAGAAACAGAGGACGACUUAUGAAAGCAACAUUCACAAGUUGGAGGAGUCCUGUUCCAAGUACCAGGCCCAGAUACAACGCCUCGAGGAGGAGCUGGAUCAGGAAAAGAAGAAAUUUCAAAUGCUGGAGAUCCGGCUCAGAAACUCUGAACGGGCACAUCAAGACGCAGAGAACCGCAACACUCUUCUCCAGGAAGAAAUGGAGGAGUUCUUCAAAACACUUGGAGAUCUAACAACCACAGCACCAAGGACUAGCUAAACAAGACCAACCAGACCUGAGAUCAUCUGGUCCUUAAGUGAAAGGUGCAAGGGCUUUAUACCUGGGAAGACCAAUCAGCCCCGAAAAGCUUUACAGACCAAAUACCUCUAGUGCAGUUCUACUUGCCAUCUUAUUGACUUGUGCCUACACUGACCAAUGCCAGUGCCAAAAGAGAACUCCUCUGGACCAAGACCACACCAUUCCAAAAACCUCCUUACUAUGAUAUUCCACAGGCCAUGUAGCAGAUUAUUGACUCACCUCGUCUGUAAAAUACAAGAAAAACCUUGUGUAACAGUGAUUAGGUCCUGUUCUUAGAAAAAAAAAAUCUUAA